AUGAGGCGCAAGGUCAUUGCUCAAAAAUCCUCUGGAAGAAGAAAGAGCGAGAAGGCGAGGGAGCCAAGCGUUGAGGAAGAAGUAGAGGAGUCUCAGACCUCACCUCCUCCAUCAUCGCCGAAGAGAACCACUCCUCAUGCAUCAGGGAAGAGCUCCAAGAAGGCAAAGGACUUCGAGUUCCAUGAGACCAAAGAACCCACGAACCUUGGGUCAAUGGAGUUCAAAAACAAGUUUCACAAGCCACACUCACAUUUCGAUCCUGCCAGGUUCUCUACAUGUGCUGCGUUUGAAUUCCACAAGGAAGUCAUUGAGAAAAGGCAUUUGUGUCUCUCUUACUUAGUGAAUCUCGAGUCUCUAGCAUCCAAAGGAAUCGACUUACAACCCAUGUUUGAAGGUCUCAAAUGGACACCUCUGCUCCAUAUUCAUAAACUGGUAUACCCUGGGCUGGUCAGGCAGUUUUAUGCAAAUCUAAGGUUUAUUGAUGGUGGCCUUCAUUCUUAUGUGAAACGGGUUCAGAUCACUCUGAACUCUGAAACCAUCUAUGCUGCCCUUGGAUACAUUGAUGAAGGGCCAAAGGUCUACAUGAGUGAUAAAUGGGACUCGCAUGUUGGAGUUACAUACAAGCAGGUCAUUCAUCAAAUCUGUGAAAAUUUGUCUGGUCUGGAUGGAACUAUUCCAACUCAUAAAGCCCUGGGACAAACUAACUCUCUGCUGCACCGCAUCAUCACACACAUUCUCACUCCUCAAAGUGGAUCUCACAAUAAGGUAACCGUAUCUGACUGUCUUAUUAUAUUUACUCUUGUUACUUCAACUCCCAUCUCUUUUAGCUAUAUUAUGAUUCGUCACAUAUGGGAAUCCGUGAAAAGUACAAAAAAGGCCAAUUUACCCUAUGGAAUGUUUCUUACAUGCAUUUUUGAGUACUUUAAGGUAGACUUAACAAAUGAGGCUGUUGAGAAUAAGGUCUCCAAGAUCAGGGCAGGCGGGACUGCGAAAAAGGGAAAGAAAUCCGUGGCCUCUGAUGAUGAUUUUGAAAGCCAUCCCGAAUCCUCAAGGAUGACCGGGUCUCGCAGAGAAAUUCUCACAGAAUUCAUCAAUAUGUCCGAUCUCAUGGUUCAAUUUCACAAAUCUGCUCGCAAACUUGCUUAUGAGCAUGAGUCGGCAUGGAAGAAAUGCCAAGAGAGGGUCAGUCUGAUGUUGGAGAAAUUUGAAGGAGAAGCUGGCAGUGAUGAAGAUGAGGAGGAAUAUGACUUUAAUCUGUUCCCCCAUGAUGACAAAAGGGGGAGGAAAUUUUGUGUUCCAAAAUUGAAACUGGAACGAAACAGGGGCUGGAACAGGGGAUGA